GGGCGGCAGCCGCUUGGCGCUAUAGCGCUCGACUGUGCCGGCAGUCCGACUAUUUACGUGUACGAGCGAAGGCGGCACGGGCACCGCGCGGCGGCUCCGUGUGUCUCGGCUGCUCCCGCCCCCUCGUGAACCCGCGAGGACUGCACUGACCACCGCCGCCAAGCCCCGCUCCCCGCCGCCGACAUGCUGGAGUGGCUGUUCCCGGUGCUGCUGCGGUGGUUCAUCGUGGCCUUCGUCGCGCUCAACCAGAUCCUCAUCCCGCUUCUGCGGCCCGACCUGGUGAAGCCGGAGGAGCGGCCGCGGGACGUGCACGACGCGGGCCUCGGCUUCCUCGACGCGUACGACUACAUCGUGGUGGGCGCGGGCAGCGCUGGCAGCGCCCUCGCCAGCAGGCUGUCCGAGGACCCCUCCGUGACCGUGCUGCUGCUGGAGGCGGGCCACCAGGAGCCCAUCCGCUCCGAGGUGCCGGCCGCGAUGCUCACCCACUCGGGCCCUGGGUACGGCUCUGAGGAGGACUGGGCCUUCGAGACCGAGCCGCAGAGCCACAGCUGCGGGGGCCUGGCCGCCAACCGGUCGCAGUGGCCGCGCGGCAAAGUCCUCGGCGGCUCCAGCACCAUCAACGGCAUGCUGUACAUCCGCGGCCACCGCUCCGACUACGACCGCUGGAGGGACGAGUACGGCGCACAGGGCUGGGGGUACGACGACGUUCUGCCGUACUUCAAACGCAGCGAGGACAUGCGCAUACCCGAGCUGCAGGACUCCCCGUACCACGGCGUAGGCGGGCCGCUCACCGUGGAGUACUACAAGCACUACGCCGGCAUCACGGACGACUUCCUCGUCGCCGGCCAGGAGUUGGGGGUCCCCGUCAACCAGGACGUGAACGGCGCGGCGCAGCUGGGGCUGAUGCGGGCGCACGGCACCCUGCGUGAGGGGCUGAGGUGCAACACGGCCAAGGCCUUCCUGAGGCCCGCGGCCAACCGGACCAACCUGCACAUCAGCAUGGACUCAACGGUCCUCCGGGUGCUGCUCACAUCGGACGGCGGCGAGGUCGUGGCCACGGGCGUGGAGCUCUCCAAGCGCGGCGCCGUCCACCGCGUGCGCGCGGCGCGAGAGGUCCUGCUCUCCGCCGGGGCCGUGCAGUCCCCCCAGCUGCUCAUGGUGUCGGGCAUCGGGCCGGCGCGCCACCUGCGCGACGUGGGCGUGCCCGUGGUCGUGGACCUGCCGGCAGUGGGCGAGAACCUCCAGGAUCACGUCGGGCUCGGUGGCACCGUGUACGUCGUGGGCGUGCCGGGGAAAACAACCGCCGCCCUGGAAAUGGCCUCGGUGCAGAGUGCCAUCGGACUUACCUCCGGCACCGGUGGGCCCUCCUUCGGCUGGUCUCUUGGCGAAGUCAUGGGCUUCAUCGCCAGCAAGUAGGUGUUUCAACAUUUUUAG